AUGACUAAGGGGGACACAAAUGAAAACCAAAAAAGUUCGUUGCUGCCAGUGUCUAGCAAGUCACAGCCACAAUUAACUUCUUACAGUGCCAUGGUAAGCACAGAUGAAAAGGAGAAGACAAACAAUUCGCAGCUGCAACAACAAAACAACGGAGUACCAGAUUUUUUAGUUUCGAAAGUCCUUGGUAAAAAGUUGGAUGUCGAAACUGUUAGAGAUAAGUUGGAAGAGGAAACCAAUAUUUAUACCAAAGGAGUCAAGGAUACCGAUGUGGAUUGGUUUCUUAGAGAUGCAUCUAUGGACCCCACAAUUCCAUUACCUAAACAUGUUUCCAAUACCACCACUACUGAAAACGACGACGACAACAAGAACAAAGAAAAGGUUACACCGACCAUUACAGAACCAGCAGCAACACCACUGACUCCCACUCGGUCAGUCAAUUCACAUUUGAAUACAGACAUCUCCAAUUCCAACGAUGCAAUUGUAACCAAAACAAAACCAUCAAUCUCACCUGUACAAGAAGAAAAUAUCCAUACAAGGUAUACGCCUCAAACCUCAAGUCACAAUGAUAAUCAUUCUGUUAAAACUAGAAGAAGAAGUAGUACUGGAGGAAGUUCAGGAGGGUUUUUUUCCAAAUUAAAAGGGAAAUUCACCAAAGAAAGUAACGAACAUUCACCAGUAACAACAAAGCCAUCAAAUGACCAUUUGUUCAAGACCGACUACAAUAUGACCAAGCCAAACACAUCUAAACCUAUACAUGAGUCAGGGCUGAUGAGCUCUCAAGAAACGUCUUCGAAGACUGUAACUCCAUCAGCAUCCGGUUACGAACCAUCAAAAUUGGAAAGGACUAAAACAGCUCCGCUUCCAUCGUCUACUACAUCACAUCCAGAUCCAAGGCUCGAAGAAUAUAUCAGAUUCUAUAAGCAAAGGGAUCUCCGUCGUGGGUCUACUGCCUCGAGUGCUUCAAACAGUAGUGAUACAUCUACCAAACAUAGUGUAUUAGUCAAUGGAUACGAUAGUUCAAGUUAUGGUGAGAAAGUUGGUGGACUGCCUUAUUCACAAAAUGAAUCCACGUCUACUCGACUUUCCCAUUUUUUGAGGCGAAAGAGUUCGGUCAAAGCUGAAACAAAUUAUCCCCCUUCAAAUGUACCAUCCUCGGCAACAACAACAGCAGCAUCGACAUCGUCUUUACUGAUGAGCCCCCCACCUCUUGCAGAUAAUCUUGAGCUAAAUCCAGCAUUCAAAGGAUUGAAGCCACUAAAGAGGGUGGCAUUUCACUCAUCCACUUUCUUGAUUGACCCCCCACAACAGAUUCCAUCGCGUACGCCUCGAAAGGGAAAUGUUGAUGUACUCCCAAAUGGACAGGUGAGGAUAAAUCCAUUGACUGAAGAGGACAAGGAAGCUAUUGAGAAAUCGCAGAUGGGAUUGGGUGGUGGAAUUGUUGUUGGUGGUACAGGGGCGUUGGGUUACAUACCCAAGGAUGCUCCCAAAGAUGUAGAGAAGAACAACGAGGAACUGGAUGGUGAUGAAGCGGAGAAAGAAUCCCAAGGAGCUUCAUCUCAGGAUGAAGAUGAGCCAGCGAUUGACCAACAUGCAAAGAAUAUUGCCAUUGACAAGUUUAUGGUUCACCAUCAACCGAUGAACUAUACUGUUCCGGUAAAAAAGAUGGCACUCGAUACAAUGUAUUCUCGUUGUUGCCAUUUACGUGAAAUCUUGCCAAUUCCAGCCAUAUUGAAACAAAUUCCAGAAGGUUCAAUGGCCCCACUACCUGUUUUGCAACUUCGUAAUCCUCACCCAACAAUGAUAGAGGUGCAAACGUUUGCUGAUUUUGUGCGUAUUGCUCCCAUAGUAUGCGUUUCAUUAGAUGGUGUCAAUUUGUCAGUUGAGCAAUUCAAGAUCCUUUUAUCGGCUAUGAGUGCAAAAAAGCAAUUGGAGAAAUUGAGUUUAAGAAACACCCCAAUAAAUCAAGAAGGAUGGUCUUUGUUUUGUUGGUUUUUAUCAAGAAAUACUGUGCUUAACAAAUUGGAUAUAACACAAUGCCCAGCUUUAUCUGUCAAUGUCUUGAAAAAGAAGAAAAAGAAGGCUCAAGCUGACUCCAAAAAAUAUGAAGAGGAUUUGGAAAGAAUGACCUGUAACAAGGAUAAUCGAUCGGACGUUGAUUGGUCAUUGUUUGUUGCAACUUUAGUGGCGAGAGGAGGCAUCGAAGAAUUAAUCAUGACUGGUUGCUGCAUUACUAACGUUGAGAUAUUUGAAAACUUGAUUGAGUUGGCCGUUCUGAAGAAAACAUCACGGUUGGGAUUAGCUUUCAAUAACUUGACUCCAAGGCACAUUAGCAUUAUUGUCAAUUCGUGGAUAUUUGGUGAUUUUGCGAGAGGAUUAGAUUUGGGUUACAAUGACUUUUCUAGUACGAAAACUUUGAAGAUCUUUUUGGAUUUUACCAAACGGCCAGACUAUGAGAGAAUACUCCUGAAGGCAACCCUUUCAUUUUUAAGUUUGAAUUCAACCAAUUCCGUUUUCAAUGAUGCAUUCAAGGAGGUUUUUGAAAGUAUAUUGAUGAGAUUACCGAACUUGAAAUAUCUUGAUUUUUCAAACAAUCAAAGAUUGUUUGGCACUAUGUCGAAUUCACAAGAUACGAAUUCAACUAAUGUGAAUACAAAUGAAAAUGCCACUGUUGCCUAUUUCACCUCAAAAUUGCCCCUUUUCCCAAAAUUGACGAGAUUGCAUUUGGAAAAUGAAAAUUUCAGCCAAUCUUCGAUACUUCAAAUUGCUAAUAUUUUACCAUUUUGUAAAAACAUGGGAUAUUUUUCCAUUCUUGGAAACUACGUCGAUUCUACAUCAGCUUCAGCCUUGGUUAAUGCAACGAAAAAUUCAAAGACCUUGAUAAACUUGGACUGUAAUUCAGAAGAGUUUCCGGAGUUAUUCAAAGAACGCAUUGGGCUAUACACAAUGAGAAACAUGGAGAGAUUAUUGUACGAUUCAAAACAAGAGGAAUUGCCGUCAACUGCGGAACUGCCUUUGAAGGAAGCUAUAACACAACCGGAGUCGUUGACAGAACAAUUGAACAACAUCUUGGCAUUGAAAGCUCAAAAAAAAUUAGACUUAUCAUCCCCCGAUGUGGUUAAGCUCUUUAGUCGGGCUAAUGCAAUUAGAAAGAGUUUGAAGGAGUCAAUUGAAGAAUUGCUCAACUUACAGUUGAAAAAUGCACUAGACCUCGAUGGGAAAGAAACACUUAUUCGUCUCAUUUAUAUUGAUUCAAGUAUUGAAAAGGGAUUGCAAUUAAUUGAUCCAAACUUUGCUCAUGAUUUCGGAACCAAAGCCAAUAUGUAUCUUGUAAAAGUAGGCGAAGGACAGAACCGAACAAUUGAUCGCCCAGAGCUUCAUGACGAUGGUGAAAAACAUGCAGAAGCUGGAAUUCAUUUAGAACCCACCCAGGCGGUUCCUGCUAGCAAGUCCCCAUUGGUGUCUAGGUCUAGUUCGAAAACUAAUUUGGCCAAUUUGGAUAAACAAGAGGGAUCAAUGUUGAAAUUAUCAAGAUUGAAUGAUUACCACAAGAUAGAACCUGGAGAAUCGGAUAUGUCUGGUGAUGACGCAAGGAAGAAAUUGAUGAACGUCAACCUCUCCGAUUUGGAUAAGGUGAUCAGUUACUUGGACGAUUUGAGAAGUAAGGGUAUCUCAUUAGAGAAGGUGUUCAAGCACAGGGUUAAAGAAGGAGAGACCGAAAAGCAAGAGCUAAGUUUUGAAGCACUACAUCUGCAAUUGAAAAAGUUAUCAAAAGAAGGUAUUGAGAAACAAGACAUAUCUUCGACAACUAAAGACAUUAGUGAUGAGAUAAAGGAUACUGAAGGGAAAGAUUCAAUACUUAGUAAAACCUACGAUCAAGUUUUGAACAAUUUGACAAACUGA